UUCUUAUAAAUUGUUUGUUGCAUCGGAUAAAUUAAAUAUGUUUAUGGAUGAUGCACUGUGGCCGGAGGGAGUGUACUUCAGACGGUUCGUCUCUCAGAGGGAUCGGCAAGAGGAAGCGCUCAAGGCAAGUGGUGAGAAUGGAAAUAAUAUACAGUGCGAACAAUAAUGUCAAUGGCAGAAAUGAGUAAUUUAGUAAGUUUUAAUUGUAAAUGUUUGAAGAGAUCGUUAGAUGGAGUUAGGGAACUGUGCAAGGAAGGGGACAUUAUUGCAUUGCAAGAGACUUGGCUGCUGCCGCACGACUUGCCGCUGCUCGGGACAAUACAUGAGGACUUCGCAUACACGGGAUCAUCUGCGGUCGACACAGGGGCCGGUUUACUCACGGGGCGGCCGCACGGGGGCGUCGCAUUGCUAUGGAGGAAGUCUGCGUUCUCGGAAGUCACAGUAGUGGAGUGCGAAAAUGUACGGUUAGUGGCAAUAAAAGUGAAAGUGCGGGAGUCCUCUUUCUUGGUGUUUAGUGUAUACAUGCCGGUAAAUGCUCCUGAAAAUGUGCCGCUGUUCACAGAAUGCUUAGGGGAAAUCAGUGCAAUCAGUGAGGACAACACGGACGUUGAGGCGAUAUACGUGCUGGGAGACUUUAAUGCACACCCAAAUGAGUUGUUUUAUAAUGAGUUGCUGCAGUUCUGUGAAACACAGGUGUGGAGAUGCGUGGACUUAGAAAUGCUAGGCUCCGACUCUGGGACAUUUACAUUUACCAGUGAGGCUCAUGGAUGUAACAGGUGGUUGGAUCACUGUGUUGUCACGGAGGCAGCGCGGCAAACGGUUUGCAACGUACGGGUAAAAUAUGACGCAUAUUGGUCCGACCACCUGCCGCUCAUAAUUGAAUGUAAACUAAACAAGAUACAGAUUAAGUGUAGUAGUGGCAGGUUACGUAAUGAGGGGGUAAGAUGGGGCGAAAGGCAACCCUCCCAAAUAGAAUUGUACCAAGCACUCUGUAAUGACAGGUUGAAAAUGCUGGACUUUCCAGCCGAGCUAACGCCGUGUGCCGACAAACUAUGUAUGGACCGCAAUCAUUCGGUAAUUUUAGAUAAGAUGUAUGACGAUAUAAUUGACACUCUGACGGAGGCGGCGAGAAAGUCUAGCAGGAGAGGGCACAGUAAACGGAAGGUCGUUGUGGGAUGGAACAAGCACGUCGCAAGCGCGCUGAGGGGCUCAGCAACACACAUGUCGGAUGUCAUAUAGAUAAAACAUGUUUUAACAACAUCAGUUACGCUGACGACAUGGUGUUGCUGGGUCCGUCAAGUGACUCGUUAAGGCAACUCAUUUGUGUGUGUGAAGAGUAUGCUGUGGAACAUGGUCUUAGGUAUAACACUAGCAAGAGCGAGUUCGUUCUCUUUAAAGCUAGUAAGUACAACCCUACAACAAUACCUACGAUCAUGUUGUGCGGCGUGCCCUUAAAAAGAGUUGAGAGGUUUAAAUACCUGGGACAUGUCAUUACGGAGGAUCUUAAGGAUGACUUGGAUCUGGAGAGGGAGAGAAGGGCGAUGGCAGUGCGUGGCAAUAUGCUUGCCCGCAGGUUUGCAAAGUGUAAUGAACAGGUCAAGUUGACGCUUUUUAAAGCCUACUGUCAAACGUUCUACACUUGCAGCCUGUGGGUAGCAUUUACCCAGAGGGCAUAUAACGCACUGAGAGUGCAGUACAACAAUAUUCUGAGGAUGCUCUUGCGGCUGCCGAAGCAUUGUAGUGCGUCCGGCAUGUUUGCCGAAGUGCGAACUGACGACUUUUUCGCAAUCAGACGCAAGCGUGUUGGAUCGUUGCUUAGGCGAGUGCGUGGCAGCAGCAAUAGCCUCCUCAGAGUACUGUCUGGGAACUACGACUGUCCCAUAAUUAAAUACUGGGUGGAAGUUGCCAUCGGCAA